AUGAUUAAAGAUAACAACGAAAUUAUUCCACUAGUGGGCAAGAAAAUGAAUCCGUCUGGUAUUCCCACUUCAAACCAGCAAGAGAAAAAGCCAACUGAAAGCACUCCCACAAAGAAAAGUUCACACUUUUUUCUGGAGAUUGAUGGUUUUGAAAGCAAUGCAACUCCAAAUAAUACGUCUCCCCCUGUGUUUUCAAAACCAAUGGAUUCAAAUAUUCGUCCAUGUGCACCUGGAAAUGGAGAUGAUAUGGAUUCCCCACAGUCUCUUCAGGAUGAUGCAACGGAAUAUAGCCCUAAUGUAGACAGAUGUUGUGCUAACAUAUCACAAGGACCCGAGCAGACUUGUGCCAGGAAGAAACUGAAAAGAUACAUAUUUCGGGCAGUGUCUGAGGGGAAUACAGAAGAGUUGCAAUGUCUGCUUGCAGAGCUGAAGGAACGAUCGAACGCGUGUACAAACAUGACUGUGCCAGAUUAUCUGAUGAAAAAAUUCACAGCUUCAGAUACUGGUAAAACUUGUCUGAUGAAAGCUCUGCUGAACAUCAACCAAAACACAAAUGAGAUAGUGAAUAUGCUACUAUCCUUUGCAGAAGAAAAUGGUAUUUUGGAGACAUUUAUCAAUGCAGCAUACACAGAAGAGGCAUAUAAAGGCCAGACAGCUCUAAAUAUUGCCAUUGAAAGAAGACAAUAUGAAAUAACUCAGAGCCUUAUAGAAAAAGGAGCUGAUGUCAAUGCUCAUGCCCAGGGUAUUUUCUUUAACCCCAAACAUAAGCAUGAAGGCUUUUAUUUUGGUGAAACUCCACUGGCAUUAGCUGCAUGUACCAAUCAACCAGACAUAAUUCAACUGUUAAUGGACAAUACCAGGACUAAUAUUACUUCUCAGGAUUCCAGAGGAAACAAUAUCCUCCAUGCAUUAGUUACUGUGGCAGAGGACUUUAAAACCCAGAAUGAUUUUGUAAUCAGAAUGUAUGAUAUGAUUCUGUUAAAAAGCAAAGACAAAAAUUUGGAAACAACAAAGAAUAAGGAGGGUUUGACACCACUACAAUUAGCUGCAAAAACUGGGAAAUUAGAGAUUCUGAAAUACAUCCUGAGCAGAGAGAUAAGAGAUAAGCCUAACAGGAGCCUGUCAAGAAAAUUCACGGACUGGGCUUAUGGUCCUGUUCAGUCUUCUCUUUAUGAUCUGACAGAACUAGAUACCACCUCUGACAAUUCAGUAUUGGAAAUUAUUGUCUAUAAUACAAAUAUUGGUAAUCGUCAUGAAAUGCUGACUUUGGAGCCUCUGAAUUCACUCCUGCGAAUGAAAUGGAAGAAGUUUGCCAAACACAUGUUUUUUAUGUCAUGUUGGUUUUAUUUCCUAUACAAUGUAACACUAACGUUAGUUUCCUAUCACAGGCCUAAUGAAAAUAAAGCUCCACCUUAUCCACUAGCUCUGACACGUGGUGUGGGAUGGCUGCAGUUAUCGGGACAGGUGAUGGUUAUGUUAGGAGCAAUCUAUUUAGCCAUAAAAGAGAGUGUAGCCAUCUUUCUGCUUAGGCCCUCAGACCUACACUCAAUUCUCUCUGAUGCGUGGUUCCACUUUGCAUU